GACGCAUCACGCAGGGGUGGGAAAGCCAGAUCCGUGCGCAGGGUUGCUAAGGGUGAAACUUUUCAUUGACUUUGCUCACUUCGGGUCGGGGCGCGGGAAGGUGCUGGUCUUUGGUGGAUCGAAGCCAGUGGCUUGGGAGACGCUGGGCCAGAAGGGCACGAUCGCCUGCCGGCCCCAGCUCGGACCAUCCCCUGCCUCGCGACACAAGCCACGGUCCGCCAUCUCCGCACCGCCGCCGGCCUGGCUGCCCUCCCGUCUUCCGUCCCCCAGCUGCCAAACCCGACGUCCAUAAAAACUGAAAGAAACACUGAGAGUCAUAGCCCAUAGCACCCCCCGACUCGCCACCUCAACGCAGAAAGGACACAUAGACCCCCGGCGUGGCAGCGCCCCGCAGAGAAGGGAGAGCGACCUACGCCCCGCGCCCAGGACCAUCUUGGAGGCAGAAGUCGCCCUGCGGCCGGCAGACUUCCCCACCGCCGCGAAGACCUGAAGCCAUCAGGAGCCCAAGGCUGCCCAGAUUGCAGCUCCUACCACUGCCCUUGGCUUGUGAACGUGUCCUGUGCUCAUUGUCUGCUUAGGGAAGGACCAUGCAGCUGGAGAUCAAAGUGGCCCUGAACUUCAUCAUCUCCUACUUGUACAACAAGCUACCCCGGCGCAGGGCAGACCUAUUUGGGGAGGAGCUAGAGCGGCUCUUGAAAAAGAAAUAUGAAGGCCACUGGUAUCCUGACAAGCCCCUGAAGGGCUCUGGCUUCCGCUGUGUCCACAUCGGGGAGAUGGCAGACCCCGUGGUAGAGCUGGCUGCCAAGCGGAGCGGCCUAGCAGUGGAGGAUGUGCGGGCCAAUGUGCCUGAGGAGCUCAGUGUCUGGAUUGACCCUUUUGAGGUGUCCUACCAGAUCGGGGAGAAGGGAGCAGUGAAAGUCCUAUAUCUGGAUGACAGCGAGGGCUGUGUUGCCCCAGAGCUGGACAAAGAGAUCAAGAGCAGCUUCAACCCUGAUGCCCAGGUCUUUGUGCCCAUUGGCAGCCAAGACAGCUCCCUGUCCAACUCUCCGUCGCCAUCCUUUGGCCAGCCGCCCAGCCCCACCUUCAUCCCCCGCUCUGCCCAGCCCAUCACCUUUACCACUGCCUCCUUCGCUGCCACCAAGUUCGGCUCCACCAAGAUGAAGAAGGGUGGUGGGGCAUCAAGUGGGGGGGGGGUGACCAGCAGUGGGGCAGGUGGCCAGCAGCCCACGCAGCAGCCGCCUCGCGUGUCCCGCUCUCCCACCAAUAGCCUGCUGAAGCACAAGAGCCUCUCCUUGUCUGUGCACUCACUGAACUUCAUCACAGCAAACCCAGCCCCUCAGUCCCAGCUCUCGCCCAAUGCCAAGGAGUUCGUGUACAACGGCGGUGGCCCUCCCAGCCUCUUCUUUGAUGGGGCUGAUGGCCAAGGCAGUGGCACCCCUGCACCCUUUGGGGCCAGUGGGGCGAGCACUUGCAACAGCAGCAGCUUCGACAUGGCCCAGGUAUUUGGAGGCGGCUCCAACAGCCUCUUCCUGGAGAAGACCCCCUUUGUGGAGGGCCUCAGCUACAACCUAAGCACCAUGCAGUAUCCCAGCCAGCCGUUCCAGCCUGUUGUGCUGGCCAACUGACCAUCUACCUGCCCACGGGCCUCGAGCAUCCAGGACAACAGAAAAGAGAAAGGAAAGGAAAGGCCAAAAAAAAGAGGACAAGAAAAAUAUACAAAAAGAUUUUUAGUCUUCUCACUCUCACUUCUAGAAAAAAGAUCCUGCCCAGGCAUGGAGUGGGAGGGGCUCCCGAAGCACCGUGUUUAACUUUACCCUCCCAGGUUUCCUGCCUGCCUCUUGAUUUAUUUGGUUGAUUUGGGUUUUAUAUUUCUUUUUUCUUUUUUUUUAAACAUAAGUUUUCUAUAUAACAUCUUUAAUUAGUGGCUUCUUGUGCUAAGAAUGGUCCAGAUGUGAAUCGCUGCUCCCUGCUCCCUCCCUCCUGCACACGCCUGGUUCAGGAUUGGUGUGUCCAAGCUCACAGGGAAGGAACAGCCGCAGCUGGGGCUUGACCCUCCGCAGAACAGGGAGAGGCUGCCCUGUGUCACUGCCCCAUCACGCAAACAUCCUCUCACUCAAAGCCAUCCAACCUCAGCAGGCCUUCUCGGGCCCUGCCACCUAAAUAGGGUUACGUCUGACCCCAGCCCCAACUGUCUCUCAGGCCUGGGCCAUGGGAGCUGCCAGCUGGCCACUCAGCGCCCUCCCCUUAGAGCUGAUGUCUGUGACUCCAGGGAGGGAAGCACUCUGUUUAGUGGAAUUCCUUCAUCUCUGUCUUGUGGCCCCAUGCCACCACCCCCGCCUUUCCUAAACUUAUCACUGAGGCCCAGGAGACCCAGCCACUGAUGCACGUGGGCGCUCAUGUAGCCCCUUCUUCCCUAGGCCAGAGGCAGUGCGGGCAUGGGUGUGCAUGCCCACAGGUACAUGGUUUGCGGUCCUGUUUAAUGAGGCUGCUGAGCCAUGUCAAACUCUCCCUGUGUAUGUGAUUCCAGGUUGCAGCAAGUGCUUAUUUAUGUAUGAGGUCGGGGAAAUAGGCUGGGGGUGGGUGGUCAGUCCUUCAGUAGGUGAUUCAUGUGGUAGGUGAGACUGGCUGAGGCUGACACACUCCCAGGGAAAGCCCUGCAGAACGAGCUGCAGAGUUCCAGACUGUGGAGGAAUCUGCACUUUCGUUUGUGACCAAAAAAACUGAAAAGGGUUAGCUAGGAGGGGCUGAGGGAAUACCCACCCUCUGCUGCCUAACAGGGAUCCUUGGACUCAGACCCUCCUGCUGUGUGACCUUAGCCCAAGAAGGGAGCUGCUCACCUGAGCAGCCUGGGGGUGGGAGUUUGGGUCAGUGCCUGUAGUGGGCAGUCCUGAGCCUUGAAUUGACUCUGCUGUCCUUUGUUGUAGAUGUUUUAGUACGUUUCUUCCCCUGCCUGCUUGAGAACUUCUUGGUACCUCUUCCCAUCCCCUCUCACUGUGCAACCCAACCCCCUACUGGGCCUUGGUGCUGUGAGGAGUGGUCUCCCCGGCAGGCCAGGCUAGGCAGGCGUGCGUCCGUCACAAGUGGUGUAUUCAGAUUCUAGAGAGCACUGGCUUCCCUCCUUUUCCAGAAGAGGCUGUUGCUCCGACCCAACCCUGGUAGGCCAGCUUCCAUGCCAGGAUGCUGUGGCAAGUGGGCACAUGGCAUCAGGCUCCCAUCACCAGUGCGUACCAAAGCCCUUGGCUCCCCACCCCACCCCACACUUCCCAGUGACCCCAAGUGGGCAACUGCUGUGGCAGUGGGUCCAGCCCAGACAGACACUGCUAGAUUCCUCUCCCUGCGGUGGGCACCAGCCCUACCUCCCCAAGCGGGGCAAAGCCCGGUUCCUCCACCCAGCUCCAGCUGUUCCCCUAGACUUCUCAGGGGCCAACCCUGGCUGGGCCAACCUCCCCCUGGCCCUGAGCUCCCGCCAGGUGACAGGCCUGAGAUUGCUGCUCUCUGAGAAAGGUUGGAUGCUGCCUGUGCCCCUUCCAGCCCCUUCCCCCAACACUCAACACACAAGCACCCAUCAUACUCUGGUCAGCUUGUUUCUCACCAUAUACAGGGAGGGGGGAGACCAACCCCGUAGUGUCUUUUGAAAUACGAAGAAAAAUGUGUUCAGGAACAUGACUCCAGAGCUGGGCUCUUGGGCCCAGUUCAGUCUGUCUUGUCUCAAAUCUAGGCAUUUUUGCUUCAAUUUUAUUUUUUUUAAGAAAACGAAAACAAAAAUCUGCACUAAUUUACCUGGUUUCGUAGGAAAACUUUUUUUUUAUUUUUUACAUUUUUUGUGUCUGUUUGUAUUGAAUAAUUUGCUACAUUUGUAAAAUGUAAGAGGUAUAUAUAAUAUAUGUAUAUUUCUAACGUAAAAAAAUGUAAUUUUUUUCUUUCAAGAUUUUUUCUUAAAAAGAGGAGAGAAAGAUAUUUUUUCAGGAAAAACAAACUUUGAAAUAAAAAAAAAGAGGAGAAUAAAACCUAUUUCUCCCCUUUCCCUAUCCUCUCUCUGUCUACCCCUUUUUCCCAGGAACAAAUCAAAAGGUGGAUUGUCUUGUUAAGAAUGUAAACUUUUAGUUCAGAAUGAUGUAUUUUUUCUCAAUGCAGUGAGCUAUAGAUUCUCUACUUUGAACCCUAGAGAUGGAAAGGGGGGCAUUGAGGUAAGGCGGACAGGAGCUUGGGGGAGCAGGGUAAUGAACUUGGUUUCUUUAGUGAAGGAGGAAUACAAUCAAGCAUUUUGUAUUCAGAACGUUGUGCAAUAUUUUGGAAUGGGACAUUGGUGUGUUUAGAGAUUUAGUUUAAAAACAAAACAAAAAGGUUGAUCAAAUCUGUACAGUUUAUAUUGUUCCAGAUUUUUUUAAGUUUGUAUUAAAAGCAUGACAUAUAAUAGC